AUGCCUCCCAAGAAGGAUGUUCCCGUGAAGAAACCAGUGGGGCCCCCUGCUGCCUCCAAGCCUGCUGCUAAGCCCGCAGUAGGGCCCCCUCCAUCCAAGGUUGAGCUACCACCACCUGCCCCUCUAAUCCUUGAGAAACCUGCGAAACCCCAGGAGCCCCCCAUCGAUCUCUCCAAAGUGGUGAUCGAGUUUAACAAGGACCAGCUGGAGGAGUUCAAGGAGGCCUUCCAGCUGUUUGACCGAACGGGGGACGGCAAGAUCCUGUACAGUCAGUGUGGGGACGUGAUGAGGGCCCUGGGCCAGAACCCCACCAACGCCGAGGUGCUCAAAGUCCUGGGGAACCCCAAGAGCGAUGAGAUGAACGUGAAGGUGCUGGACUUUGAGCACUUCCUGCCCAUGCUGCAGACUGUGGCCAAAAACAAGGACCAGGGCACCUACGAGGACUAUGUGGAAGGCCUUCGGGUGUUUGACAAGGAAGGGAACGGCACCGUCAUGGGCGCUGAGAUCCGGCACGUCCUCGUCACACUGGGUGAGAAGAUGACAGAGGAAGAAGUAGAGAUGCUGGUGGCAGGGCACGAGGACAGCAACGGUUGUAUCAACUACGAAGAGCUUGUCCGCAUGGUGCUGAAUGGCUGA